AUGACAUCAUUGACAAAUAAAUUACCAAUUAUUCAAUUGUCUACAGACAUUUCACUACGGCAAUUAUUGCCUAAAAAUAAUGUAAUUAUCAAUGAUAAUAAUAAGUCAAUUGCUGAAUUGUUUGAUCGAUAUGGACAAUCUCGCUUGGCUUAUGAUAAUGUACAUUAUGGGGAUCUUGUAGUACUCUGGUAUGGUGCAAAGAACUCUUCGUUAAAAACGGCUCUUGUUGAAUAUUUAAUCCCUGAAGAUAUAACUUUAAUGUUGUUUUCAACAGAAGAACAGUUGUGGCAUUGGUUAAAUAUUUAUUCUUCACGAAAAGUUGUAUAUCUUGUGAUUGAAACAAACAUUAAUAUUCAAAAUAUUGUGCAUCGUAGCAUUGCGUAUGCUAGUAUUCAUUCAAUUCUUAUCCGUUGUUCAACUAAUGAAUUAAUUACUUUGCAACAAUUUUCAAGAUCGCAUGUUAAGAUUGAUGGUAUCUUUACUGAUGAUACACGUGUUCUAAUUAAAUUAGUUAUCGAUCUUGCUCUUUUCUGCGAAGAAAUAGGUGAUCGAACAAGAGAAGAUGAAAACAAUGAAUUUCUGUAUUUUACUGCUAAUAUUGACUAUUGUGAUAUGACUAGUAUUACUAGUGAAAUCUAUGUGCACAAACUUCUUAUGGUAUGUGCAAUGCCUAUUCCAGAGCAGGUUAAAGCUCUCUUUGCUCUGGUAUUUGUUAAUUUACGUGAUUUGAUCGAAUAUGUGUGGAAAAAUAUUAACAAGACAGAUGCGUUUCAUCUGAUUAUUCCUUUGGAUUGUCUAGAACAGUUACUGAACGAUCCUAUUUAUCGAUUUCCACAAGUUCUACAUAUUGAUGUUAUUUAUGAUGGUAUCAAUGAGUUAAGAAAAUAUCGACGUCGUUUUCCAUUGAAAUACAAAAAGGUAAACUUAUGUACAAUAUAUGAUUUAUUACGGCGAUGGGAAACAAUUGAGACUAAUAAAGCACUUGUUUCAUCAAACCCAAUUGACCGAAGCACAAUUGAUGCUAUCAUUUCAAUUAUAAAAGAUCGGGUUCAUCUUAAACAAUUGACUACGUUCAAUAAUUUUUCUCCAUUUUCAAAACAAUGUACGCUCACAUCAUUAUAUGGGUUGCCUGCAAAGAAUAUCAUUGACUUUGCUCCAUGCCUUGUUUGUUCAUCAUGUAAACUGAUUAAUCAACAACUUUAUAAACUUGAAUGUGAACAUCAACAAUGUAUAGUGUGUAUGAAAAUUCAAAAGAAUUGUACAACAUGUUUCAAAGCGGUCUCACGUGAUAAAGUAAAUAUAACAAUCGAUAUGUAUCACUUUCCUCAAUUACUAUGUUCAUUUUUCAAGUUUUCAUUGGUUCAAGAUUUGCAAAUGAAAAUACAACAUAUUCCUAUAUGCUGCUCAAGUUGUGAAUGGACAGGACUACUAGACGACUACCAAGUGCAUGUCAAACAAAAUCAUGAUAAAUUAAUUACUUGUUUUGUUCGUAAUCAAGAAAUAGAUGAAAACAUUUCUUAUCAACAAAAUUCAACGGGAGCGAAUCAAGAUCUAAUACUUGGUAAUCUUUCUUCAUUAGAUUCAGAUGCAUCGAUUACAUCUUUGAAUGGCACAUGUAUAUGGGAAGUUUCCAAUAUCUCUGAUAUGAAAGAUAAUGCUGUCUUUGAUGAGCUAAGAUCGAUAUAUUCUUCUUGGUUUUAUUUAUUUCCUUAUGGUUAUAAAAUUUCCGUGAUGUUAUUUUUAAAUGGAGACACUAAAUCAAGAGGUACUUAUAUGUCGUUGUAUUUUGUAUUAAUGCGGGGUAGUUAUGAUAAUGACCUUCGUUGGCCAUUUCAAUUCAAAGUAACAUUUACUUUGCUUGAUCAUUUAUCACCGAAUAAUAAUCAGACAAAUUUUCUUUGGCCUGAUACGAAAUCAAUCGCUUUUCAACGUCCAAGUAGCGAAAUGAAUAUCCCCUAUGGUAUUUCAAAAUUCGUUCCUCUGAAUGUAUUCGAACACAAUGAAAAUCAUUAUGUUAAAAAUGAUCGAAUGUUCAUAAAGAUUGAAGUUGAUUUUCUGGCUGAAAGACCAACUAUAUCAUUGAUAGGUGAUGUAGGUGAAUUACUGAAUGAGGAAGAACUCGUUGAUACAAACUAUGACAAUCUUCCACAAUUGCUCUGUUGUUCAGACGCAUAA